AGAUCAUUAUUCCCAGCAACAGUUAAACACUAGCAGCAAUUGCUCGACUUCAGUUUAAAUAUAUAUAAAAAAAAAAAUACAUUUCAAAAUCAGCCUUAAUUUCAAAUUGAAUAGCGCGCAUUGGUUUUACGUUUAUCGUUUGCUCGUUUCGUUUCGCAUCACUUUUUGAGAACUUUCUUUCUUACACUUUCUACCACAACAUGUUCGAUACAACGCUGGGCAUGCUCGUCAGCUGGCUGGCGCAGGGUGUCUGCCUGCUGCUGGGCCAGGCCUGGCAGCAUCCGCUCCUCACCACCGGCCUCUGUUUGCUGUUGAGUUUCUUUAACCAGGCCGACGAGCAGCUGCGCAAGGAACUGGGCCAGGAGCUGCGCGAACGUGUCCAGGGCUUUAGCAAGCUCUACGCUUUCUCCUUUCUCUCGCGCAAGGGCGCCAAGGGCAUGGCCAGCGUCAACGGCAGCAACAACAGCAGCAGCAGCAGCAAUGGCAGCAGCUUUGACUACACCAUGCUGCAGGGACCGCACACCUGGACACAGGCCGGUAACAACCAGAGCCCGGUCAACAUCGAUGAGCAGGUGGUGCAGCGCCUGGCCAUACGCGAGCUGCUCAACUGGAAUCAUUAUGACGAGCUGCCGGCCAGCAUUGUGCUGGAGAACACCGGCCAGACGCUGCUGCUGCGCGCCCAGUUUCGCAGCAAUGUGCCGACCAUCAGCGGAGCAGAUCUGCUGGCCAGCUAUACGUUUGUGGAGCUGUGCUUCCAUUGGGGCUGGUCGAACAGCGAGGGCUCCGAGCACACGCUAAAUCAUCGCAAGUUUCCGCUUGAGAUGCAGGUGCUGCAUCGCACAGGCGCCGCUGUUCCGCGCAGCUGCACCAGCAGCUACGAUCUGCUCAUGAUUGCCUAUGUCUUUGAGCUGUCCGCUCACAAUCCGUUUCUGGAUCCGCUCAUGCAGAACCUCAAGCUGGUGCAGCAGCCCGGCAAGCGUGUCCACAUUGCGCCCUUUCCGCUCUCCUAUUUGAUUUAUCCGUUUCGCACGGGCUUCUAUAGCUACGGUGGCUCGCUGACGCAGCCGCCCUGCUACCAGGGCACCGAGUGGUUUCUCUUUCCCGAGUCCCUGGCCAUCAGCGACUUUCAGCUGCGCCACUUUCGUCAGCUGCUCAGCGCCGACGGCAUCACGCCUAUCGCCCGCAAUUCGCGUCCCGUCCAGCAGCUCGGCAAUCGCAUCAUAAAUCUCAACUAUUUCUGUCCUUACGAUGCCACACAGCUGGCUCGUAUGCGCCUGGAGCUGUUGCAGCAGCAGCAGCAGGAGAUGGAGGACGAGCAGGAGCAGUCGCAGCAGGAACAGGAGCAACUGCAACAGCUGCAGCAGCUGCAGCAGCAACAGCAGCAACAACAACAACAGCAGCAGCAGAUACAGCAGCAGCUCAAGGUGCAGCCCACUGCGGUCAGCUCCGAUGAUGAGGGGCAGCUCAUUGAGACACUGGACACCACCACCACCAUCACGACCAGCUCCAAUGCCAGCAUCUGCACCACAAUACUCAAACGGGACUCGGCCGAUCAGCAGCAGCAGCAGCAGCAGCCGCUGCCCUCCUGCUGCCCCAAUUCCAUCAUCUUCUUUAGCUCCAGCAACAGCAGCAGCAACACCAACAACACCAACAACAAUAACAACAGCAACAACAGCAACAGCAACAACAGCCUUAACUUCCGGAACAUUGGCAGCAACGUGGAAAACAAUGGCAGCGAGGGCGACAACAGCCUCGUUAGCAAGUGCAACGGACACUUUCAACUGGAGCAGAGCGAGGACAUGAUGUUGACAAUGCCAAGCGGCGUCGGCAUUUGCGGCAUGGGUGAUGGCCUCGGGGUAGGGGUAGGGGUAGGCGUGGGCGUGGUAGGGGUCGGCGUUGGCGCUGGCACCCGGCUUCAGCUGAUCGAGUAGCCAGCGCGCAGAUUUGUUUUUAUAUAUUUUUUUAAUGAGCACUUCAACUGUUUAAUCGGCCACAGGAAAUCCACCAGCAGGAGCAGCGCCCCCAGCCGUCGAAACGAAAGACGGAAAAGCGCCACCUGUUGGGCAUUUUGAGUAAUUGAAUUUGAUUUGUCGUCUGUGCGGUGGAGGAUUAAACAAGUUGCGUUUAUAUUUUCUAAAAGCAAA